CCCUGCUGCUACCCCUCAGCCAGCCAGCCCGGCACCCCAGCCAUGGAGGACUUGGGUGACUCCGCCUCCCCCUUAUCCCCUCUUGGACCACGUAUUGUGGUCUUUGAUGCUCUCUUGUCCGACCUGGAGUCUACAACAUCCCACAUCCCCCGGGCUGGGGCUCUUAGGGACCAGCCCCAAGAAGCCACCACUGCUCCUCCUCCCUAUACCCAGCCACAGCAGAAGAUGGCCAGAGAAACCUCUGAGGCCUCAGGAGACAAAGACCAUCUAUACAGCACGGUGUGUAAGCCUCGUUCCCCCAAACCAGCAGCACCCCCAUUCUCCUCCAGUGGUGUCCUUGGUGCGGGGCUUUGUGAGCUGGACCGUCUACUGCAGGAGCUUAAUGCCACCCAAUUCAAUAUCACGGAUGAAAUCAUGUCUCAGUUCCCAUCCAGCAAGGCAGCUGAUGGGGAGCGAAAGGAAGAGCAAUCUGAGGAAAAGAAAAGGCCCAGCACCCCCCCAAGCCCGACGCCACAACUGUCAAAACCUUCAGCCACCUCAGCUACCCUGGAAUUGGACAAGCUGAUGGCUUCUCUUUCUGAUUUCCGUGUCCAGAACCAUCUUCCUGCUUCUGGGCCUACCCCGAAGCCAGAGCUGAGCUCAGUGAGUGAUACCUCACCACCGCCCACCUCAGGGUCCACCACUGAGGGAAGCCUGGACACCAUGCUGGGGUUGCUGCAGUCAGACCUCAGUCGACAGGGAGUCCCCACCCAGGCCAAGGGCCUUUGUGGUUCCUGCAAUAAACCCAUUGCCGGGCAGGUGGUGACAGCUCUAGGCCGGACCUGGCACCCAGAGCACUUUUUAUGCGGAGGGUGCUCCGUGGCUCUGGGAGGCAGCAGCUUCUUUGAAAAGGACGGUGCCCCUUACUGCCCCGAAUGCUACUUCGAGCGCUUCUCCCCUCGAUGUGGUCUCUGCAAUCAGCCCAUUCGCCACAAGAUGGUCACCGCCCUGGACACCCAUUGGCAUCCUGAACAUUUCUGCUGCGUCAGCUGCGGAGAGCCCUUCGGAGAAGAGGGGUUCCACGAGCGGGAGGGCCGCCCCUAUUGCCGCCGGGAUUUUCUGCAGCUGUUCGCCCCACGCUGCCAAGGUUGCCAGGGUCCUAUCCUGGAGAACUACAUCUCGGCGCUGAGUGCGCUCUGGCAUCCGGACUGCUUCGUGUGCAGGGAGUGCUUUACUCCCUUCUCCGGAGGCAGCUUCUUCGAGCACGAAGGGCGCCCGCUCUGCGAGAGCCAUUUCCACGCUCGGCGCGGCUCUCUCUGCGCCACCUGCGGGCUCCCGGUCACCGGUCGCUGCGUUUCCGCGCUGGGGCGCCGCUUCCACCCCGAUCACUUCACCUGCACCUUCUGCCUGCGCCCGCUCACCAAGGGCUCCUUCCAGGAGCGCGCGGACAAGCCUUACUGCCAGCCCUGCUUCAUCAAGCUCUUCGGAUGAGCCCGCACCCACGAGGAGGUCCCGCCGCAGGGACGGAACCCUAAUCCAAAUAAGGCCUCACCCCUUAAAAAGAGCCCGGUACGAGGAGAGGCCGCACAGCUGGGGGAGGCCACUCCUCUCCCACAAAACCUGGUUCCUGAUUAGACUCCGUCCCCAGUGAGACCUCACCUGGGAACCAGACCCCAGUGCAAAGAAGGGUCCUUUCCCUCCCCCAGAGUCUGACUCUAGACUAGAACGUAUCCCCAGCGCCCUUCGCCUUUUUUUUUUAAUUUUUUUUUUUUAGUGAGGCAAUUGGGGUUAAGUGACUUGCCCAGGGUCACACAGCUAGUAAGUGUUAAGUGUCUGAGGUCAGAUUUGAACUCAGGUACUCCUGACUCCAUGGCUGGUGCUCUAUCCACUGCGCCACCUAGCUGCCCCGCCCUUCGCCUUUUAAUUAGAGCCCAGUACCAUCAGACUCCCACCCUUAGACAGGUCCGAUCCUUCCUCUGGUUCAAGAAUGGACCACGUGUCCAAGUCCACACCUAUCAUAUAAUGGGACGACCUCAAGAGAGAUGUUCUCCCUCCUCCCAAAAAACAAGGCUUCCUGGAAAGUCCCUUUCCAGAAGCAGCCUAAUUCUUCCUGAAGCUCCAUCCCUCUGGGGAAUGUAGAGAGGCAAAAGAGGGCAUAACGAAUUUGUGCCUCCCCACAUGGGAAGGGAUGGUGGGAAGAAGUGAAGUCUUAACCUAGCCUUGUAAUGGGUUGGCCCAGGUCACCUACGCACAGCAAUAGACUUUAAGGGGAUAUUCAACUUAGUAGGGGGCUCUUGUCUAGGUUUCCCCAAAUGUGGGUAAUAGAAUCCCUUGCUGGGUUUUAAAGCACUUGCAUUUUACCGAGAAAGGAAAGAGCUUAUGGGAAUGGGACCAGGUCCAAGAAAAUUGAGGAUCCAGGUUCUGCUUUAGGGUGCUUUCUGAGCACUCUGGGUGUCCUUCACUGCUGUCCUCACUUAUCUCUAUAUAAACACACAUUUCACGAAUUUGGCUUCCUGUGUUUGUGAUUUAG